AUGCCUUCUGCACAACCAACCUGUGCGGCGCGAGUCAUCCGCAAUAGCUUUAUCAAGUUCGGAUGGGGGCAAACUUUGACUAAAGAGAUCAAUGAUCUGGUAACGAAAUUCAAGACUGAUGCGUCAGCGAUGUACCAGCUUCAAGUUUCGAGGGACAGGCCCAUAUCUUCUUCAAGUCUCAGCUCAGCGGUGUUCUGGGAACACCGUCAUUUGGCCGACCAGCGAGCAGUCUCGACACCGGCAAUUGACGACGAACUUGAGAUAGAUCUUUUUUCCAAAGACGGAACAUUCGAGGCGGGCCUUGAUAAAAUUCGGUCAACAAGUGACUCGACAAGUGUCUGCUUACAUCCCAUGUUCGGACCUAUGCGGGAUCGCCCGUACACUCUUUGGCCUAUCCGCAUAGAAGGAAUUUGGGUCACCCUCAUCUUAGAGAUCAAGAUGGGCGCAAUGGACGCAUCAUAUUCCAACAAAUAUAUGGAUCGACGAGUUACGAAGUUUGCGGUUAUCGACCCCUUUUUGGAAGGAAAAGACUCUCGAAGGGAGCUCCUGAAAGAGAGACUCCCGCAUAUCCUUGCUCAAGGUUGCAUCCAAUUACCACAUGAUGCUAUUAUGAUGGAGGGUUUUCUCAAACAUGAUAUUCAAGAGAGUUGGGCUACAGGGCUUGUUGCGUACGCGGUGUGUCGGGAAUUCCUCCGUCGGUUGAGAGUCCUUCUUUACCGAAAAGGGGCAACGCCUACUGAUUUCCUCUGGAGUGAGUUUGAGGAAGACUACGACUUUGAUGUUUACCGAGAGUCGCUGAUGGCUGCCUGUGCUCACCAAGUGAUCGAGAAGUCUGGGUAUAAUGUUCGUAUGGCUCUCGAGGUGCCUAGCAAAAGGUCAGAAAACAACCCUGCCGCUUUGAUGCAUACCAAAGUUAGCCAGCCCGACGAAGUGUAUAAAACUAAGGAUUACACCACGCGCAACAUAGUCAUCGAUAUACCUGGUCCCAAGGACUCCGAGGAUCCAGGGUUCUUCCCAAGAACUCAUGAGGAAGAGAUGCCUACUAUUACACCGCCGAGUACUCUUUACUGUCGCGACGCCAGCAUAACAAAACUUCAACCAACACACGAACCAAGCCCUCGUGAGGAAGAGAUGCCUGCUAUUACACCGCUUAAUACUCUUUACUGCCGCGACGCCAGCAUAACAAAACUUCAACCAACACACGAACCAAGCCCUCGUGAGGAAGAGAUGCCUGCUAUUACACCGCUGAAUACUCUUUACUGCCGCGACGCCAGCAUAACAAAACUUCAACCAACACGCGAACCAAGCCCUUUCACCGCCUGGGCCGAAGACGCGGAGACUGACGAGACGUACUGCACCUUGUCAAAGAAGCGCGAGUUGGAGGAUGGGGAAGAAUCGGCCUCAAAGCGACAACGGAUUGAGUACUAA